AUGGCAAGGUUAAUUGAAGUUUUGGUUAUUCUUCAAGUAACACUGAGCUAUAGCGUAACAACCCCACCGCCAGUACCUUGUACAGCACCCAAUAUUCCGGACUCGACUUAUCUACCCAAUCAAGCUUCGUUCAACAGCGAUGAAAUUGUAUCAUUUGAGUGUAACAUAGGAUAUGAGCUCACUUCCGGUAGUCUUAAUCUGACGUGCGAUUCUAACGGAACAUGGAUUGAAACGCUACCAACUUGCACAGUGAUCACCUGCGCAUCGCCUGAUGUUACAUUUGGAACAAAAUCACCAGCGACGUCAUCAGUUAACUUUAAUAUAACUGUGACGUAUGCUUGCGACACAGGAUAUGAGGUCACGAGCGGCGAUACAGUUAGGGUAUGCGAUACUAGCAGCGAUCUAUCUGGGACGCUUCCAGUCUGCUCUAUUAAGACAUGUCCUUCUAGCGACGUACCUUUUGCUACAGAAUCGCCAGCGUCUGCUUUUGUAAAUUACAACACAGCUGUCACGUAUACAUGUGACACAGGAUAUGAGGUCACAAGCGGUGAUACUGUAAGGACUUGCGAAGCGAGCAGCGUUCUUUCCGGAACACUUCCGGUCUGCUCUAUCGUUAACUGCUCUAAUAUCGAAGUUGUUACACUUGGCACCAAAUCUCCAACCUCAGCGACUGUCACCUACGGCACUUCUGUGACGUAUACAUGCGAUUUCGGAUAUGAAAUAUCUAGCGGCGACGCUUCAAGGACUUGUCAAGCAAGCGGCAGCCUUUCAGGAACGCUACCUGUUUGCAUUUUGAUCACCUGCGCAUCGCCUGAUGUUACAUUUGGAACGAAAUCACCAGCGACGUCACCAGUUAACUUUAACAUAACUGUGACGUAUGCUUGCGACACAGGAUAUGAGGUCACGAGCGGCGAUACAGUUAGGGUAUGCGAUACUAGCAGCGAUCUAUCUGGGACGCUUCCAGUCUGCUCUAUUAAAACAUGUGUCGCACCAGCAAUUGCAUUUGCUAAUAAGUCGCCCAAUACAGCAACUAUUAAUUACAACACAGACCUGACAUAUGCUUGCAUCACAGGCUAUAACCAUACCAACGGGGAUCUUACACGAACAUGCCAGCAUAAUAGCACACUGUCGGGAGAUGCGCCUACAUGCACAAUUGUGACAUGCGCAGAGCCUGCUAAUAUUACAUUUGCAACAAAGUCGCCGGUUCAGCCGAGUUAUGACUACAACACACCAGUUGUGUACACAUGUGACAUGGGAUACAAGCUGGAUACCGGGGAUUUAACCCGAACUUGCACGGCUGACGGAACCUGGAGCGGCACCCAACCAGCAUGCACUAUUGUGACAUGCGCAGCUCCUCCAACAGUGAGUCAUUCAUCGCUUACUCCAAUCGCAGACCCGUACACAUAUAAUACUACAUUAGACUAUACCUGCGAUAUUGGCUAUGAACAGACUAGUGGAACGCUGCAAAGAACUUGCCAAGCUACUGGAUUUUUAAGUGGAUCUGCACCAGUCUGCACCAUUAAAACUUGUGCAAAAGAAGUUGUUGCAAAUGGCGCAGCUGUUCCCGACACACCGACAUAUGAUUUUAACACGUCAGUUAUAUACAGUUGUAACUUAAGUUUUAACCAAACGGAUGGAGAUUUGGUAAGAACAUGUAAUGCUUCAGCUAUGUGGACUGGAACACUACCAGUUUGUACAGUGGCUGCGUGUAUACCAGAAAAUACUUCUUUUGGAAGUUAUAAUCCGCCAGAUGUCAUAACGCAGUUUGGGGAUACAAUAACUUACAUAUGUGACAUUGGGUACUAUAUUAGUGCUGGAGACGCUACCAGAACAUGUCAAACAGAUGGCUCAUGGACAAAUACUCUACCUAUAUGCUCGCUUGUACGGUGCGACCUGCCAGCGACAGUGAUGUUCUCCACAUAUUCUCAGUCACCUGCUGUAAAGUUUGAUUACAACACAGACAUUACUUAUAGCUGUAACCUGUCGUACAAUCAUACUGCUGGUAACCUCACACGUACAUGUAAAGAAGACUUUAACUGGACGGGCGACGCCCCAACUUGUACAAUUGCUGCUUGUAUACAAGACGAUUCAACUUACAUGGCAACAACUCCUAACAAAAUUCUUCACGAAUUCGGUGACAUUGUAGUAUAUGACUGCAUUUUAGGAUAUAACUACAGCUCUGGUGACACGAAUCGCACGUGCAUAAAUAAUGGUAGUUGGACUGGAGAAAAACCAGAGUGUGUCAUCAUAACAUGUGACCCUCCAGCGCCUAUAGCACACACGUCAUAUGUGCCUAAUGGUCUGAUAGAACAUGACUGGAAUACAUCUAUCGACUACUCGUGUGAUGCUGACUAUCACUAUGUUUCCGGGGGCAACAUCACAACCUGCAACGAGAGUGGAUCAUUCCCACCCUCUGAUGUAGACUGCUCGGUUAAACAUUUUAUAACAGUAAGUCCAUCUGAACCUGCGUUAACUUGGUUUAACACGACUGUUAAUGAAACCACAACGGUCUUUGAUUUUGAUGGAAUGUGUGUCGUCACUAUAACAUGUGAUCCAAAUUUGUUAGACGUCAGCCACGUUGUUAGCGGGACUGAAAUCACUAUGACAUUGAAACAGACGGGUAGUACACAACUUGAUGACUAUAUCUGCACUAUGUCUUCAUUCCAUGGUGAACGAACCUAUCCUGAUGUUAACAGAACUGUCUUCUUUGGCGAUGAAAUCGUCGGUUUUCAAGCGUGGUUAGAUCAUACCGAUGUAUACCUAGAGGUCGGCAAAGCGUACCAUUUUGAGGCCAAUGCCACAAGUGGCUCAGUUAUGUCCAUGCUUUGGGCAUUAGAGGAUAAUAUAACAAAGCCAUAUGCAUACAACGAAGACUUUUCUUACAUGGAUUUUAUGCACACAUUUAACAGCCCUUGGACGAACGUUACAGUCAGUGUUAGUAAUGCAGUUAGUAGUGAAUAUGUAACAAUUCCGCUGAAAGUGAUUUAUGCAUUGAAUAAUAUCGACUUUAACGUUAAUAAUGUAAGAAGAACGACGACUCAAAUUGCUCGUUUUGAUCUGUCAUUCAAUUCGGAAGUCGCUCUUGGACCUAUGGGUCCUAUCAACAUCACUAUAACAUUACUGGAUGGAAAUGCACCUGUGAAUUUUAUAACUGACACACAAGAGAUACUACCAAGUACACCACUGUUCCAGAAAGAUCUAACAUAUGACACCCAGGGCAACUAUAAAGUCACUGUUGAGAUGGUUAAUCCGAUCAGUUCAAUGACGUUACAUCAUAACAUGAUGAUAUGGGACAAACUGAACAAUAUAGAGCUUGAGUGUGUUUUAGCAUGUCCUAUAGCAGUAACACAUACAGAAUCGAGUUUGGAAUUUACUGGAGUUCCAAGAUCUGGUUUUGAAUACUCUAUUGAUAUGAAUGAUGCAGGUGGAACAACAUUUCAAAGCAUUAAUUCUUCAAUCCUCUAUGAAUUGUACAGUUUGUCAUAUUUUAACCAUACAUAUACAACACCUGGGAAUUAUAAUGUUGCUUGGAGCGUUUCAAACGGUGGAUACUCCAAAACUGGUAACAGGUGGAUAGUUGUGGAGAACGAAAUAACUAACUUUCAGGCAUUUUUGGACCACACAAUGAUAUAUUUAGCUGUAUGGGAUACAUAUAAUUUCUAUGCAAAUGCAACACUUGGAACAAGCGUUUCAAUUGACUGGAAAAUGGAGGACAAUAUUACAGUUACACAAAGCUAUCCUGGAGAAUUUAGUACUGGCAACUUUGGCUACGCCUUUACAAAGCCAAAGACUAACAUUAAAGUGACAGCACGGAAUUUGGUUAGUUCACAAACAGUUGAUGUAAUUGUUGAGGUGUUCUACAAAAUAAACAACUUUACCUUCACUGUCGCAAGUACAUUAGGAAACACAACUCACGAAAUAGAUUUUGAUCUUCAUUUGCUUUCAACUGCAUUGCUACCAAUGAAGGAUGUCAAUAUUUCCAUCGACUUUAAGCAUGGCAGUAGCAAAAGCGAUAACAUAUUCAUAGACCAAAAUUAUGGCUUGGACCAAAGUCAUAUGUAUGCACAUUUAUUUGAUAUGCAAGGAAAUUUUCUUGUAGAAGCAACACUUAAUAGUAUUUUAGGUUCAACAGUUUACAAUAUAACAAUGAGAAUAUGGGAUUCACUUUUAGAUUUGGAUUUGGAGUUCAUAAAUGGAUUUGGAAAGUACAUAAUCACAAACACAACCGCUAGGUUUAAUUUUACAAAUGUUCCAAACUAUGGUUUUGAAUACACUAUUGAUUAUGGCGAUGGUACUACGGGAGUAUCUAGUACUGACGACAGUCUCCUCUAUGCUCCAUAUAAUCUGCCUGUUUUUACACAUGUCUUUACAAGUCCAGGGGUAUACAAAGUUAGCUGGACGGCCAAAAAUGGCGCAUUCGAAUACGAUCGAGCCGACCAUUUAUUUGUUUAUGUUCAGAACAAAGUACCUAAUACUGGCUUCACUCUUGAGCCAAUUAGUAAAAAAUACCCUUGGUCGGUCUUACAAAAUAUGAGCAUAUCAUUGAAUAUUACAUUGGAUGUCGGCAUUCCAGUACCUACAAACGCAACGUGCUUGUAUGAGCCGGAUGAUGGAUCAGGAACUGAGGCUGACCUUACGUUUGACAGUUCUUUUUUCAAUCAUUUACAUACCUACGCUAAUGAAGGAUUUUAUAACUCAACUUUUAAUUGUUCAAAUGACGUGAGUUCAUACACGUACAUUUUUGACAUAGAAGUGAGAAAAUUCCUUGCCUCGGAUCUAUCUUUAGUGUUUCACGACAAUGUCCCACUAAAUCAUUCUGAUUCAGUCGUUGUAUACUUUCACAUUGACAAUGGGGGUUUUGAAAUUUUACCAUACUACGUCACUUUAGAUUGGGAUUUUGGUGACGGUCAUACUUCUAGGAGACGGCGUUCGCCAUUGCUACGACAAGGGAACUUAUUCUCACGAGUAUUUUGAACGAGGUAAUUACAC